AAAAUAUCAUUUAUAGCAGCCUAUUAUAUGGAUUUUAAAUACAUCAUCUCUGAUUGUCAUGAUAAUCCCAUGAUAUAGGUUCUAAUAUUACCAAUUUUCAGAUAAAAAAAAAACUAAGGCCCAGAGAACUUGGGUCACUCAAUUAAUAAGCGGCAGAGCUAAUUAGAGUCUGGGUCCAAAGCUUAAGUACUCUUUGUCUUCUUUAUACUAUAUUUGGCUUUUUCCUAGCCAAAAACAUGGAGGCAUUCCUUACUUUUACUUUAUCAUUGUUAUCUUGGCAUAAGAUCAAAAUAAUUAGGAGCUGAUAUACCUAAGUGUAUAAAACAGGAUAAAAUUAAUUGAUGAGGAAUUAGGAUAAGGAAAAUAAAAUCAAACUAGGGGUAAAUUUCAUGUAUAAAAAUGUGUACUGUGCCAUACAUUUUCUAAGUAGAGUCUCUAAAGAUUGCUUCAUAAGGAAGAAGUGAAUAAUAACUUUGGGAACACUUGGUAACCCCUAGGACUCAAAAGAUUGGGUGUGAGAAGUUAUCAUUAAUAAGCAUAUUAGGCAAAAUAUAGUGAGAUGAACCUGGCACAAAUGCUCGCUGAAUGCACUUAGAAAUAUUAUCAGGCGACUCAGCCUAUAGAGCAUACGGGUUAGAAUGUCUAUUUUAAGAAGGAGCGAAUAUUUACUAAAUGCUAAUUUGAGCAAAGUUCUACAAAAAUAUCACUGACCACGAAUAUUCAGGCAUUGACAUGCUACAAAAUAGCAUAUCAAAAAGAACAUCUGUUGCCCUAAAGAUGGUUUCCUGCACAGAACGUCUCCAAAUUUUCAGCAUUCAUAGGCUGGCCCCGUUUCUUCUUGGUUAACAUUUAGAGGCACGCCUAAACUUAGAGGCACACCUCUCUAAACCAAGGAGACACUUAAAGAGAAAAGGAGUAAAGAUGGUGAUGGGCUUACAAAGAGCAAUAAAAUGGUGUCUUUGAAGGAAAAGCUAACUUACGAAAACGGGGUCUCAAUUUCCUUAAAUCUGGAUCACCGUACGACUUCUGUAAUACUUAUUAUUUCCCUAGCUGGCAUAUAAACUGGAGUUCAAGUGGGAAAAAACAAGGUAUUGUUCAGAUUUAUGAUUUUUGGGGUCAAAGAUUCUGAGCAAUAACCUAUUAAAAAACCCUGCUGCUGAUUUGAGUAUGUAAGUACAUGGGAGGAACGUAUGAGGAACGUAUGGAUCUGGAGUGGUGGUAAAUACAGAGCAUGUUUGCUUCGCAAAGCAGAUUAGCUCAUAUUUAAUAAUAGAGUAAAUCUGUUGGGCCAUGACUCAAUGCACCCAAAUUCUCUAGAUUGCUAUGUCUUUACUCGCUAAGCCUUCGGGAACAGGCAGCACAGAACUUUUAGGGUGCUGUCUCACUGAUUUCCGCGUUAGCUCUGGUAGUCCAGGUCAAGAUUAUACCAAAGAUUCAGGACUUAAAUUCCUGCAGAAUGUAAGCCCCUUUCCAAGUUCUCUGCUUUACUGUAUCCUGUUUAUUUUCAAACUCGAAUGGAAAAAAAUAAAACAAAACAAAACAAAAACCUUGGGCUUCAAGAGGCAUCCUGCCGCAAGGCCCAGCGAUGUGAAUUUUCAACAACUGUCUCAGGCAGAUUUCAUGCUGAUGGUUCACGCACUAUGCUUUGAAAAGCACAGUAUCACAGAGUAGGGAUGGUGAUGUAAGAGUCAUCUGUAAAAGCUGUGCUGUUUUGGCAGCCUGGGAGGCUAAGGCUUAGUCUGGGCGACUAAGGUUUUAGUCCGGGCUUUAUUCACACCCAAAACAACUAAAAAAGCGGAGGAAUCUUUGAGUCAAUCCCUGAAGCUCCGGCUAAGAGGAAACUCGCCCACGCUCCAGGGCAGCCACGCCGGCUCCACCUCAGUCACGGCUGUCUCAAGCUUCUCGGGGUUUUCCGCCGGCUCCACCCGAGCCACAAGUCUACAGGGCUCCUCGGAGCUUUCCGCCGGGACGCAAGACCCACCGCCAGGGGAUGGUACCUCCUCGAGGACAGCGAAGCGCAUCCCGAGGGCCGCCGGCCGGAAGCGCCCUCCAGACCCGCCCCCUGCCCUCCGGAGCCGGAAGCUGGGCAUCGGCAGCCGGCUCGGCGCCCUCCACUGACCGCCCCGACAAUGCUCCGCGCGCCCCGCUGCCUCUUCCGGACCUCCGUAGCGCCUGCCGCGGCCCUGGCUGCGGCGCUGCUUUCGUCGCUUGCGCGCUGCUCUCAUCUAGAGCCGAGGGACCCGGUGGCCUCGUCGCUCAGCCCCUAUUUCGGCACCAAGACUCGCUACGAGGAUGUCAACCCCGUGCUGUUGUCGGGCCCCGAAGCUCCUUGGCGGGACCCUGAGCUGCUGGAGGGGACCUGCACCCCGGUGCAGCUGGUCGCCCUCAUUCGCCACGGCACCCGCUACCCCACGGCCAAACAGAUCCGCAAGCUGAGGCAGCUGCAUGGGUUGCUGCAGGCCCGCAGGUCCAGGGAUGGCGGGGCCGGUAGUACCGGCAGCCGCGACCUGCGUGCAGCGCUGGCCGACUGGCCUUUGUGGUACGCGGACUGGAUGGACGGGCAACUAGUAGAGAAGGGACGGCAGGAUAUGCGACAGCUGGCGCUGCGUCUGGCCUCGCUCUUCCCGGCCCUUUUCAGCCGUGAGAACUGCGGCCGCCUGCGGUUCAUCACCAGUUCCAAGCACCGCUGCAUGGAUAGCAGCGCCGCCUUCCUACAGGGGCUAUGGCAGCACUACCACCCCGGCUUGCCGCCGCCCGACGUCGCAGAUAUGGAGUUUGGACCUCCAACAGUUAAUGAUAAACUAAUGAGAUUUUUUGAUCACUGUGAGAAGUUUUUAACUGAAGUAGAAAAAAAUGCUACAGCUCUUUAUCACGUGGAAGCCUUCAAAACUGGACCAGAAAUGCAGAACAUUUUAAAAAAAGUUGCAGCUACUUUGCAAGUGCCAGUAAAUGAUUUAAAUGCAGAUUUAAUUCAAGUAGCCUUUUUCACCUGUUCAUUUGACCUGGCAAUUAAAGGUGUUAAAUCUCCUUGGUGUGAUGUUUUUGACAUAGAUGAUGCAAAGGUAUUAGAAUAUUUAAAUGAUCUGAAACAAUAUUGGAAAAGAGGAUAUGGGUAUACUAUCAACAGUCGAUCCAGCUGCACCUUGUUUCAGGAUAUCUUUCAGCACUUGGACAAAGCAGUUGAACAGAAACAAAGGUCUCAGCCAAUUUCUUCUCCAGUCAUCCUCCAAUUUGGUCAUGCAGAGACCCUUCUUCCACUGCUUUCUCUCAUGGGCUACUUCAAAGACAAGGAACCCCUAACAGCUUACAAUUACAAGGAACAAAUGCAUCGGAAGUUCCGAAGCGGUCACAUUGUACCUUAUGCAUCGAACCUGAUAUUUGUGCUUUACCACUGUGAAAAUGCUAAGACUCCUAAAGAACAAUUCCGAGUGCAGAUGUUAUUAAAUGAAAAGGUGCUACCUUUGGCUCACUCACAAGAAACUGUUUCAUUUUAUGAAGAUCUGAAGAACCACUACAAGGAUAUCCUUCAGAGUUGUCAAACCAGUGAAGAAUGUGAAUUAGCAAGGGCUAACAGUACAUCUGAUGAACUAUGAGUAACUGAAGAACAUUUUUAAUUCUUUAGGAAUCUGCAAGGAGUGAUUACAUGCUUGUAAUAGGUAGGCAAUUCCUUGAUUACAGGAAGCUUUUAUAUUACUUGAGUAUUUCUGUCUUUUCACAGAAAAACAUUGGGUUUCUCUCUGGGUUUGGACAUGAGAUGUAAGAAAAGAUUUUUCACUGGAGCAGCUCUCUUAAGGGGAAACAAAUCUAUUUAGAGAAACAGCUGGCCCUGCAAAUGUUUACAGAAAUGAAAUUCUUCCUACUUAUAUAAGAAAUCUCACACUGAGAUAGAAUUGUGAUUUCAUAAUAACACUUGAAAAGUGCUGGAGUAACAAAAUAUCUCAUUUGGACCAUCCUUAACUUGAUUGAACUGUCUAGGAACUUUACAGAUUGUUCUGCAGUUCUCUCUUCUUUUCCUCAGGUAGGACAGCUCUAGCGUUUUUCUUAAUCAGGAAUAUUGUGGUAAGCUAGGAGUAUCACUCUGGAAGAAAGCAACAUCUCUAGAUGAGAAUUUGAAACAAGAAACAGACUGUUGUAAAAGGACACCUUCACUGAAGCAAGUCAGAAACUACAAUGAAAAUAAAUAUUUUUGGUAUUUAUUUAUAAAAUAUUUGAACAUUUUUUCAAUAAUUCCUUUUUACUUCUAGGAAGUCUCAAAAGACCACCUUAAAUUAUUAUAUGUUUGGACAAUUAGCAACAAGUCAGAUAGUUAGAAUCGAAGUUUUUCAAAUCCAUUGCUUAGCUAACUUUUUCAUUCUGUCACUUGGCUUCUAUUUUUAUAUUUUCCUAUUAUAUGAAAUGUAUCUUUUGGUUGUUUGAUUUUUCUUUCUUUCUUUAUAAAUAGUUCUGAGUUCUGUCAAAUGCCAUGAAAGUAUUUGCUAUAAUAAAGAAAAUUCUUGUGACUUUA